CGUAUACCGCGAACUCAGGUACCCCUGAGUCUGCCCGAGGUCAGCCUGGCUACGGGACUGGAAUCUGGGCUAUUUUAGAGAAUUACAUUUUUCUAUUUGUAUCCUCUCUCCUGGUCUCCCUGGGGACAGCAUCCGUCCACGGAGCGCUUGCGUUUAUCGCAAUUCAGCUCCGGUUUCAAAGAAUCACCUAUAUCCGGCUCUAUGGAAGGAAAUUCAGCAAAGAAGAUCACGUGCUCUUUAUCAAGCUGUUAUACGAGCUGGUAACCAUCCCGAAACUGGAGAUCAGCAUGAUGCAAGGAUUUUCCCGUCUCCUGGUGAACCUGUUAAAGAAGAAGGAACUGCUCUCCAGAGAUGACCUGCAGUUACCGUGGCGACCUCUCUAUGACAUGCUGGAGAGAAUCUUAUACUCCAAGACCGAGCACCUGGGAUUAAAUUGGUUCCCCAGAAGCAUUGUUCCCUCCAUCUUGAGAGAUUACAAGAAUCACAAAAGGUCACUAUACAGAUAUUACAGUUCUGUAGAAAAUGUUCUAAAAACUCUAGUGAAAAGCUGCCGCCCGUAUUUUCCAGACGACGCCACUGCCGAAAUGCUGGAGGAAUGGCGGCCUUUAAUGUGUCCUUUUGACGUCACGAUGCAGAAGGCCAUCACGUACUUUGAAAUAUUUCUUCCUACCUCUCUUCCGCCAGAACUACAUCAUAAAGGUUUUAAGCUCUGGUUUGAUGAGUUACUCGGUCUUUGGGUUUCAGUUCAGAAUCUCCCACAGUGGGAGGGGCAUCUCGUAAAUCUUUUUGCCCGCUUGGCCACAGAUAACAUCGGGUACAUAGAUUGGGAUCCGUAUGUACCAAAGAUAUUUACCAGGAUUCUGAGAAGUUUGAAUCUCCCAGUGGGAAGCAAUCAAGUCUUAGUUCCAAGAUUUUUAACGAACGCCUAUGAUGUGGGACAUGCAGUGAUCUGGAUCACCGCCAUGAUGGGUGGCCCAAGUAAACUCGUGCAGAAGCAUCUGACCGGACUGUUCAACAGCAUCGCCUCAUUUUACCACCCAUCGAAUAACGGCCGCUGGCUGAACAAGUUAAUGAAGCUCCUCCAGCGAUUGCCAAACAGCGUCGUUCGAAGAUUACACCGCGAGCGCUACAAGAAGCCCUCUUGGCUCACUCCCGUGCCCGAUAGCCACAAGCUCACUGAUCAGGACGUCACAGACUUUGUACAGUGCAUGAUUCAGCCGGUCCUUUUGGCCAUGUUCAGCAAAACCGGGAGCCUGGAGGCGGCUCAGGCCCUCCAGAAUCUCGCCCUCCUUCGGCCCGAGUUAGUCAUCCCCCCUGUCCUUGAAAGAACGUACCCCGCCCUGGAGACAUUAACCGAACCUCACCAGCUCACGGCCACGCUCAGCUGCGUCAUCGGAGUGGCCCGGAGCCUGGUGUCGGGGGGGAGGUGGUUUCCCGAGGGCCCGACGCACAUGCUACCUCUGUUGAUGAGAGCGCUGCCCGGCGUGGACCCCAACGACUUCAGCAAAUGCAUGAUCACAUUCCAGUUUAUAGCAACAUUUUCCACUCUGGUGCCUUUAGUAGAUUGUUCAUCUGUACUACAAGAAAGAAAUGACCUCACAGAAGUAGAAAGAGAGCUGUGCUCGGCCUCUGCUGAAUUUGAAGAUUUCGUCUUACAGUUCAUGGACAGGUGUUUUGGGCUCAUAGAAAGCAGCACCCUGGAACAAACAAGGGAGGAGACAGAAACUGAGAAGAUGACUCACUUGGAGAGUUUGGUGGAAUUGGGGCUAUCGUCUACUUUCAGUACAAUCCUCACCCAGUGCUCUAAGGAUAUAUUUAAGGUUGCUCUGCAGAAGGUCUUUAAUUUUGCCAUCUCGAACAUCUUUGAAACACGAGUAGCGGGACGGAUGGUGGCGGACAUGUGCCGAGCGGCCGUGAAGUGCUGCCCAGUGGACUCUCUGAAGCUGUUUGUGCCCCAUUGCUGCAACGUUAUAACCCAACUUACCACGAACGAUGAUGUCCUGAAUGAAGAAGAACUGGAUAAGGAACUACUGUGGAAUCUUCAACUGUUGUCUGAGAUUACCCGGGUAGACGGAAAGGAGCUGUUGCCUUAUAAGGAGCAGCUUGUGCGAAUUCUCCAACGCACCUUACAUUUAACCUGCAAGCAGGGCUACACCCUGUCUUGUAAUCUGCUGCACCACCUCCUCCGCUCCACUACACUGAUCUACCCCACGGAAUACUGCAGCGUUCCGGGCGGCUUCGACAAGCCCCUCUCCGACUACUUCCCCAUCAAGGACUGGGGUAAACCAGGUGACCUGUGGAAUUUAGAUAUCCAGUGGCAUGUUCCUUCGCCAGAUGAAGUCUCCUUCGCCUAUUACCUGCUGGAUUCCUUUCUUCAGCCCGAGCUCAUCCAAUUACAGCGCUAUGGGGACGGCGAGCUAGAAAUGUCCAGGGAUGAUGUACAGCAACGCCUGACUAUAGUGCACAACUGCCUGAUUGGCUCUGGGAACCUUCUGCCCCCUCUGAAAGGAGAACAGAUCACUCACCUGGUGCCAACUCUGGUGUCUAUGGAAGAGACCAAACUGUACACUGGUCUUGAUUAUGAUCUCUCCAGAGAAAACCCCCGGGAAAACAUUGCCCGCGUCGUAAGGAAACUACUCCACCACAUCCUUGACAACUCGGAAGAUGAUACCAAGUCUUUGUUUCUUAUCAUUAAGAUUAUCGGUGACCUCUUACAAUUCCAAGGAUCUCACAAGCAUGAAUUUGACUCCCGGUGGAAGAGCUUUAACCUAGUGAAGAAGUCAAUGGAGAAUAGGCUCCAUGGGAAAAAGCAGCAUAUCAGAGCUCUGCUGAUCGACAGAGUCAUGUUGCAGCAUGAGUUGAGAACAUUAACUGUUGAGGGCUGUGAGUACAAAACAAUCCACCAGGAUAUGAUCAGAGACCUUCUCCGCCUGUCUACAAGUUCGUACGGCCAGGUCCGAAAUAAAGCGCAGCAGACGUUCUUCACCGCGCUGGGGACGUACAACUUCUGUUGCAGAGACAUCAUUCCUUUGGUGUUAGAGUUUUUACGACCGGACCGACGAGAUGUCAGCCAGCAGCAGUUCAAGGGCGCCUUGUACUGUCUCCUUGGAAACCACAGCGGCGUGUGCCUGGCUAACCUGCACGAUUGGGACUGCAUCGUGAAGACCUGGCCCGCCAUCGUCUCCUCGGGGCUCAGCCAAGCCAUGUCCCUAGAAAAGCCGUCCAUCGUCAGGCUCUUCGACGACCUCGCCGAAAAGAUCCACCGGCAGUAUGAAACCAUCGGCUUGGAUUUCUCCGUCCCAGAGGCCUGUGUUGCUGCCGCGGUCCUGCUUCAGAAGUCCAAGAACCCCUCAAUCGACCAGGAGCUGCUCAGUCCCGAGGAGAUCAAGCUCGGAGUUGAGCGCCAGCGGGAGAAGAAUGCCGAAGCCUUACAGAACUAUGAAAACUUGGUCUACACUCUCUUGGACUGCGUGGAUCAAAGAAAUCUGCCCUGGAAAUUUGAGCACAUAGGCAUUGGCUUCCUCUCUUUGCUCCUGAGAGACGACCGGGUGCUGCCUCUUCGCGCCAUCCGGUUCUUCGUGCAGAAUCUCAACCACGAUGCCCUCGUGGUCCGAAAGAUGGCCAUUUCAGCUGUCGCUGGCAUUCUCAAGCAGUUGAAGAGAGCUCACAAAAAGGUGUCCAUCUCUCCCUAUGAAAUCAGUGGAUCUCCUCAGCCUCCCGGCAUCGUGGCCGGCGAAAGGCCCGAUAACCAGUGGCUUCAUUACGACAGCGAAAACCUGCCGACGACCAAAACAGCCUGGGAGGCCAGUUGCUUCGUGGAGAAGACCCACUGGGGCUACUACACCUGGCCGCAAAACAUGGUGGUGUACGCAGCAGCCGAAGAGCAGCCCAAGCUCGGCAGAAGCAGAGAGGAGUUGUCUGAGGCAGAACAGAUUAUAUUUGACCAUUUUUCGGAUGCUAAAUUCGUUGAGCAGCUAAUAAAAUUUCUAUCUCUAGAAGACCGAAAAGGAAAGGACAAAUUUAACCCUCGCCGAUUUUGCCUCUUCAAGGGUGUGUUCCGGAACUUCGACGAUGCCUUCUUGCCCGUUCUGAAGCCCCACUUAGAACGCCUGGUGGCAGACUGGCACGAGAGCACCCAGCGGUGCGUAGCCGAAAUCAUAGCCGGCCUGAUCCGAGGCUCCAAGCACUGGACGUUUGAAAAGGUGGAGCGACUUUGGAAACUUCUUUGUCCGCUGCUUCGAACGGCAUUGAACAACAUCACGGUGGAAACCUACAACGACUGGGGAACGUGCAUUGCGACUUCCUGCGAAAGCAGAGAUCCUCGGAAACUUCACUGGCUGUUUGAAUUACUGUUGGAGUCUCCCUUGAGUGGCGAAGGAGGGUCCUUUGUAGACGCCUGCCGACUCUACGUGCUCCAAGGUGGUCUCGCCCAGCAAGAGUGGAGGGUCCCGGAGCUGCUGCACAGAUUACUGAAGUACCUGGAACCUAAACUCACCCAGGUCUACAAAAACGUGCGAGAAAGGAUAGGGAGCGUGCUGACCUACAUAUUCAUGAUUGACGUUUCCUUGCCCAACACGGCGCCCACCAAGUCCCCCCGGGUCUCCGAGUUCACCGCCCGAGUCUUGGCGAGAUUAAAACCUCUCCUGGAGAUCGACGAGGAAAUUCAGAACCACGUCAUGGAAGAGAACGGAGUCGGGGAACAAGACGAAAGAACUCAGGGCAUCAAGCUCUUGAAAACGAUCCUGAAGUGGCUGAUGGCCAGCGCGGGACGGUCCUUCUCCACGGCCGUCGCAGAACAGCUCCAGCUUCUCCCUCUGUUUUUCAAGAUCGCCCCGGUUGAGAAUGACAACAGCUACGAUGAACUUAAAAGAGAUGCGAAGGUGUGCCUGUCCCUCAUGUCUCAGGGUUUGCUGUGUCCUCAGCAAGUGCCUCUGGUGCUUCAGGUGCUUAAACAAACAGCGAGGAGCGGUUCCUGGCACGCUCGCUACACGGUGCUCACCUACCUCCAGACCAUGGUAUUCUACAAUCUCUUCAUCUUCCUCAACAACGAAGAAGCCGUCAGAAACAUCCGGUGGCUGGUUAUAAACCUUCUGGAAGACGAACAGCUCGAGGUGCGGGAGAUGGCGGCGACCACCCUGAGCGGGUUACUGCAGUGCAACUUCCUCAGCAUGGACGGUCCCAUGCAGGCGCACUUCGAGCAGCUCUGCAAGACCAAACUCCCAAAGAAGAGGAAGCGAGACCCGGGCACGGUGGGAGAUACCAUUCCGUCGGCAGAGCUGGUCAAGCGUCACGCCGGGGUGCUCGGGCUCGGGGCCUGUAUCUUGUCGAGCCCUUACGACGUCCCCACCUGGAUGCCGCAGCUCCUGAUGAACCUCAGCGCCCACCUCAACGACCCCCAGCCUAUCGAGAUGACCGUAAAGAAGACGUUAUCUAACUUCCGAAGGACGCACCACGACAACUGGCAGGAGCACAAACAGCAGUUCACCGACGACCAGCUGCUCGUUCUCACAGACCUCCUCGUGUCCCCCUGCUAUUACGCCUAGACGGGUUCUCCGUCCAACGAAGAAACCGAGAAACCCUAUUCGCGGGGCUAAAGGAAACCCGAAAGAAACUUCACCUCUGAAACUUUUAGACUUGGAAAUCCCGGCGCCGAACGGAAGCUCUUUUUGUGUCGUUCCUUCAUCCGGACGUG